ACCGCCUGCGAGCCGCGCCGACCAGCAGGGAAGGGUUCGCGCUAGGCGGCGCCCGGGUCCAGUCGGCCAGGGUGAGCGUCCGGCCCGCGUCCCCGCCACGCCCGCUGCGUUCCCCUUUCCUCUGCGGCGGGCCGAGAGAUAAUCCCGCCCGAGGAGCCCCGGCGCCCGCCCCCCACGCGGGUCGCACUGGAAUUCGCAGCCCCUCUCGGGUCUCCGGGGCACAUUUUGCAGUCUGGGUGGCAACGCACUUGCUCCAGCACCAGCUGCUGCCCCGCCGCGGCGGACGCGCGGACUUUUCUUUUGGGGGGUCCCGCCGGCUCGCCGCGCUCCCCACCUUGCCUGCGCCCGCCCGGAGCCAGAGGUUCUUCAGGCACCCGGCAUCCAGCGAGACGCGCGCACCGACGGAGGGGACAUGGGCAGAGCAAUGGUGGCCAGACUCGGGCUGGGGCUGCUGCUUCUGGCACUGCUCCUACCCACGCAGAUGUAUUCCACUGCAACGACUUCUACACCACUUUCAAGUACCUCCUCCCCGAAUACUUCGACUACCCCAAAUCCAGCUAAUACCACCACCAAGGCGGUUGGUGGUGCCCUGCAGUCAACAGCCAGUCUCUUCGUGGUCUCACUCUCUCUUCUACAUCUCUACUGUUAAGAGACUCAGGCCAAGAAACAUCUUCUCAACUUCCCCAUCUUCUAAACCCAAUCCAAAUGGCGUCUUGGCGAGGAAAAACAGGUCUUCAUUGAAUCUACUAAUUCCACACCUUUUAUUGACGCAGAAAAUGUUGAGAAUCCCAAAUUUGAUCUGCUUGAAGAACAUGUGAGAGGUUUGACUAGAUGAUAGAUGCCAAUGUUAAAUCUGCUGGUGUUUCAUGUACAAGAUGAAGGAGAGGCAACAUCCAAAAUAGCUUAAGACAUGAUUUCCUUGAAUGUGGUUUAAGAAAUGUGGACACUUAAUCCUACCUUGAAAAUAAGAAUAGUAAUAAAGGAUGUGAUUGUGGAAUGGAGAUUCAGUUUUCAUUUGGUUCAUUAAUUCUAUAAGGCCAUAAAACAGGUAAUAUAAAAAGCUUCCAUGAUUCUAUUUAUAUGUACAUUAGAAGGAACUUCCAGGUGUUACUGUAAUUCCUCAAUGUAUUGUUUCGACAGCACUAAUUUAAUGCUGAUAUACUCUAGAUGAAGUUUUUACAUUGUUGAGCUAUCGCUGUUCUCUUGGGAACUGAACUCACUUUCCUCUUGAGGCUUUGGAUUUGACAUUGCAUUUGACUUUUUACGUAGUAAUUGACAUGUGCCAGGGCAAUGAUGAAUGAGAAUCUACCCCCAGGUCCAAGCAUUCUGAGCAACUCUUGAUUAUCCAUAUAGAGUCAGAUGGUAGGCAUUUCCUAUCAUCUAUUUCCAUUCAACAAGAGCACUACAUUCAUUUAGCUAAACAGAUUCCAAAGAGUAGAAUUCUAUUGACCGCGAUUAAUUUCAAAAUACUUAUUAUUAUUAUUAUUUUUUAGAUGGAGUCUCACUUUGUUGCCCAGGCUGGAGUGCAGUGACGUGAUCUCAGCUCAGUGCACCCUCUGCCUCCUGGGCUCAAGCGAUUCUCCUGCCUCAGCCUCCCAAGUAGCUGGGAUUACAGGCACCUGCCACCAUGCCCGGCUAAUUUUUGUAAUUUUACUAGAGACAGGGUUUCACCAUGUUACCCAGGCUGGUUUCGAACUCCUGACCUCAGGUGAUCCACCUGGCUUGGUCUCCCAAAGUGCUGGGAUUAUAGGCUUGAGCCCCCGCACCCAGCUGUCAAAAUGCUUUUUAUAUCUGCAUAUGUUGAAUACUUUUUACAAUUUAAAAAAAUGAUCUGUUUUGACGGCAAAAUUGCAAAUCUUGAAAUUAAAAAGGCAAAAAUGUAAAGGAAUCAAAACUGUAAAUGAAGUAUUUGGGAAGUGAAGACUGGAAGCUAAUUUGCAUUAAAUUCACAAAAACUUUUAUACUCUUUCUGUAUAUACUUUUUUUUCUUUAAACAGUUAUGGAUCAGAAUAGCCACAUUUGGAACACUUUUUGUUAUCAGUCAAUAUUUUUAGAUAGUUAGAACCUGGUCCUAAGCCUAAAAGUGGGCUUGAUUCUGCAGUAAAUAUUUUACAACUGCCUCGACACACAGAAACCUUUUUAAAAAUAGACACUCCCCGAAGUCUUUUGUUCGCAUGGUCACACACUGAUGCUUAGAUGUUCCAGGAAUCUAAUAUGGCCACAGUAGUCUUGAUGACCAAAGUCAUUUUUUUCCAUCUUUAGAAAACUACAUGGAAACAAACAGAUUGAACACAUCUGAAGCUACUGUGUGUGUGAAUGAACACUCUUCUGCUUUAUUCCAGAAUGCUGUACAUCUAUUUUGGAUUGUAUAUUGUGUUUGUGUAUUUAUGCUUUGAUUCAUAGUAAAUUCUUAUGUUAUGGAAUUGAUUUGCAUUGAACACAAACUGUAAAUAAAAAGAAAGAAAUGGCUGAAAGAGCAA